AUGAAACUCUAUUAUUUAUUAUUUAUUUUAUUUAUUACAUUGAAAUUGGUACAAGGCCAAUCAUCAUCCUCUACUAAUACUACAUACCCAAUUGUUGAUCCAUUUGCAACAUGUCAAUCAUAUACUGGAACAAUAUGUAAAAAAUAUUUAAAAGAUCCAAAUUCAAUUUGGAUACCAUAUAACAAAACACAAGAAGAAUUUGAAGAAAAUGCGUUAAAAGUAUUAUCAAGUAUGACAAUUAUGGGCGACAGUUGUGCAAAUGAUCAUAGUUUAAAGGUUGUUUGUAAUAUGUUGUUUCAACCUUGUCAAACUGUCGAUCUACCAUAUCCAAUCCCACUUGGAGGUCGAAAUAUUACAAAGAUUGCACUCUUUCAAAGCUCAUGUCGAAGUGAUUGUAUACAAUUUUUUAAUGAUUGUCCUAGAAUGACUGCCAAAAGUAAUAUUACAUGUGAAGAUGUCGUUCCCAAAUUCCUUGUUGACAUGUUUCCAGUAUCGAGUAAUUCAUUUAAUCUAUCAAAAUUCCGUGGACCAGACAUUUACUCGAUUCAAUGUGCAGUAACCGAUUCUAUCAUUGUUGGAUGUCCUUUAUGUGCUCCAUACGAUUUUACAUGUGCUGCUCCAUUUACCUAUAAAAAUAGAUCGACUACCAAUGAAGAAGAUGGAUUCAAAUAUCUUACUGGAACAGCAUGUGUAUUCCCAUGUCCAUAUCCAGUGUUUGACAAGAGCCAAUUCAACACCAUCUUUAAAAUAUCCAACGCUUUUGGUGUAUUUGGAUUUAUAUGUUGCUCGUUUAUGAUUAUUACAUUUGGUAUAUUGGAUCGUCACCAAGACCGUCAUACUCGUUGUAUUCUAUACAUGUGUAUAUUUGGAUUGUUGAUGACAUUUACAGAUCUAGCUCUAUUGAGCCAAGGAUUUGAAUUCCUCUGUGAUGGUGGUAUUCGAUUUAGACGUCAACAUUUGGAUGCUGCAUGUCCUGCAACAGGCUUCCUAUUCACAUUUGGUGGUCUUGGUAUUAUUUUAUGGUGGGGUACCGCUGCUUUUGAUUUAUGGAUGGUUUUAAGAAAUUUAAAUACAACAGAAUCUUAUGAAAAAUUUUAUACACCAAUUGUAUUUGUAGUAGCAUUGACAUUGGCGUUGGUUCCAUUAUCAGAUAAUCAAUAUGGAUAUUCAGGAGGUAGUCUACAAUGUUUCCUAAGAGACCAGGACUGGCAAAUAGGUGCUUUUUGGGUACCCUAUUGUGUUGUAUUAUUUUCAGGAUUGAUAUUUGUUGGAUUAAUAUUUAGAGAAGUUUAUAAAGUGGUUAUUCGUACAGACGAUGGAAGAACAAAGUCAAUCCGUCUUAUUCGUUUUAAUCUAAAACCAUUCAUUUUGUUGAUGGUUUUCAUGGUCGAAUUCUUUUAUGAAAUUAUCUUUAAUUUCUAUUCGACAUCGCGUAAUGAAACCAUAUCUGAAAAGAUGCAAGAAUAUGUUACAUGUGUCUAUGCCCAUGGAGAAGACCACUGUUCGCCAUCUGGUAUCAUCCCAUUUGGUCCACAUGCAGCUGCCAACACCAUCAGAGUUCUCCAACCAAUCCAAAUAUUUUUAAUCUAUGGUAUCACCAAACGUACCGCCACCAUUUGGUUAAAUUCACCUCUAUGUUGCAAUCGUUUCUUUAAUCUCAGAGAUAUCAUUUCAUUGGCCACAUCCUCUUGGAAUUCAUCUAGUAAUACCCGUGGACAAAUGAGUCGCAAGCCAUCAGAAAUGAAUUUCCGCCGAGCCACCUCCCAACCCACCAUCACUGCAACCAACGACGCAUCAGAUGAUGACAACAGUUCAUGUUCAUCCAAAGAGUCUCCUCCAUCACCUUCAAUCCUAUCCAAUGCAACCAUGGUUCCAAGUAAUAAUAAUAAUAAUUUACAAGUUAUGAGUAGUCCACCAAUGGAAGCUAUAAGUACAGACAUUGAUAUUGAAGAGUUGGAAGAGGUUGAACUAAAUAAUGACAUUGAACAAAAUAAUAAUAAUAAUAAUAAUAAUAUUGAACCUGGAGGAAUGGAUAAUUAA